CACUCACCUGUUUGUUUUCACUCAGACAAGGACUAAGAAGUGACUUUUUGCUUCUCCGUUCAGACCUUGCCCAGCACUUCCCUGUAACGUGGAGAAGGCAGCGUUGGAUGUCAAAGAGACAGAUAAACUGCGUCUCCACCGUGUCGUUCGCCAGCGGCCGUUGAUACACCAUGGCCUUUCCCGGGACUGCAGCCAACAACGUGACCCUGCUCCUCCCCCCGUACAAUGCUGAUGACACUCAGAAGAAAUUCCCAAGAAAGAACGAGGCCCUCGGGGCCAUACAGAUCAUCGUCGCCCUAAUACACCUGGGCCUGGGGGGCAUCAUGUUCUUCGCCUCAAAAGAGUCUGUCCCCCUGUGCAUGGCUUCCUGGUACCCGUUCUGGGGAGCAGGACUGUUCAUCAUCUCUGGGUCCCUCUCAGCUGCAGCUGCAACUGCAACAAAUAUCACGGAAGGUCUGGAGGCGGGCAGCAAUUUGUUGAACGUCUUCAGCUUCCUUGGCUCACUGGCUGGAGGAAUAAUGUUGGGAAUUGAUUUGAUUAGCAUUUCUAUUCUCAACAAGUAUAAAAUUUCCAUCCCGAUGUUGGAUAAAAUCCGCUUGUUCAACUUCGUUCUCCCACUUCACUGUGAAGAAAGCCCCAUCCCAUGGGAUUACUGUCAGAGCAUUGGGUUUUACAAGACGGGAAUCCUGGCCUUGAUGCUGAUCUUCUCCAUAAUCCAGAGCAUCGUCUCAAAAGCUUCUGUCUCCUCCAACUCGGAUGAGUCUAUGUCACAGGAUUACAAGGCAGAGCAAGCGUUUCCCUUGAUGUCAUCUCCACCACCCCAAUUCAGCAAUGGAACCGGGGCUCCACAACCGUGGUCAAUCACCAACAUCCAAGGACAAACCCUCAGCAGCUCUCAUGGGUAAAAGCCUAGCACCUGAAUCUCUCCCUCCCACUGCGAUAAGACGCCUUUCUCUCUCUGGUACAGGAAUCGCCUGCUUUCACAGUACGCAGAAUGGAAGAUGGGCAACGGUAACUCCCUAGCUUUAUCCGUCCUCUUGGAAAACGCCUCCUGAAUGACUCUUAUGCCAGCUUCUUCAAUAAGGUGUUGAAAAGGGAUGACAGUUGGUCCUUUCAGUCUCGCUUGAUCUGAGUGGGGGUGGCGGGAAUAUCUCCCCAAUGGGAUGGGUUUCCCAGAAACGCUGGAACCAACUGCAACUCCGUGCAUGGUGAUAAGAUGCUGUGUUUCCCUGAAGGAGCACGGAGAACAGAAGAGACCUAGUAGAGCCACUGCAGUUUCUAUUGAUAAACUUUUUUUUCUUGCUUCCAAAUUUCACCUUGUUAGGCUGAAUUUUUCCAAGCCCUGGUUUCUGUUUCUAGGUGCACAUGGCAUUUGAAGGUGAAAUCUCAGCUGCAUCUGAGAAUAAAUUGUGACAAGUAUGUGACAUUCCCUAAUUAUACAAUCAUUCUCAUGCUGCUCUUAAGAAUGAUUUUCUUGCCAAAAUGGGUAGCAGUACAAAGAUGUUACAAAGAAAUUUCCUAGAAAAAUAACCUCCAUUCAGAAGAAGAGCCCAUGGGAGUUCUGGGGGAGAUCAGCAUGAAUUUGGCAACAAAGAGUUAAAUAAUGCUAAAAAUUCUUCCAAGUAUCUUAGUUACCAAAAAGCCAGGAAAUUCAGUGCUCAGGUUAAAUUGACAAGAAACCCAACGUUAGAAAAUCUGGAAAGUAACUAUUAAAGAACUCACGCAACCUCGAGUCUGGCUUCUUAGGGGCAGUUUGUGGUGCCUUUACUCUAGCAUGAAGAGCUGGCUGAGCAAUUGACUCUUUCUGUUUGGUGGCUGAGCUGAAAUACUUGACAAGCUUUUGUUUUCAGGUCCAUAUAAAAUGACUUUUUUGGAGGGGGGUUCAUCUCAGCAAGAAACCAAAGUCACCCUCCCGCCCAACAAAAACUUGAUCAAACUAAACAUUUGUUCAACCCAAAAUAUUUUGUUUGGGGUAUCUUACCCUAUGAUUUAUUUUAGUUAAACUUUGCUGAAUUUCGAAAUGAAAUGCUGACACUUUUAACUUUGUGAUUAUCCCCACAAUAUUUUCAGUCACCAUUAUUUGCCAGUUUCAACCUGAAUUCACUAUCCAUUUCAGUAACCCUUUAGUUGCUUUUCUUUGGUGAAUUAACUGUAUACAGGAAAAAUGUCACCCAGCUCCACUAAAUAGUCAUCUUGGUUCCAGUAGAAAAACUCACUACUUGUGUAAGCAUUUACAUGUGUGCCACAACCUUGAUUCAAGAGAUCCAGGCCUCUAAGGCUAUGUCUACAUAGCAGUGUUGUUUCGGAAUAAUGUUAGUUAUUUCGAAAUACCACCUACAA